AUGGUGCCCCCCCACUGCCAGGUUUUCCGCCGGCAGCGGCCAGCCCACAGGGGCCUGGAGAAGCUGCUGCAGGAGUUCUCCCGCCAAGGGCACACCCUGUCCCAGGUGUGCAGAGAGAAGGCAGUGCUGGCACAGGAGAACGCUGCCCUGGAAGCCCGACUGGCAGCCACGGAGCGGGACCUGCGAGGCCUUUCAGAGCAGCUGGCAGAGGCCAGGUCAGAGAAGGAGAGCCUGCAAAGCAGCCUGCUGGAGGCUGAGCAGCACAUAUGGGAGCUGGAGAUAGCCAGGAGCCGUGUGGAAGCCCAAGUGUGCAGGGCCAGGCAGGCCAAGGAGGCGAUACUGGAGGAUGUGAGGGGCCUUCGUCAUGAGCUGCUGGCUGUAAGAGCUCUCAGCCAGCAGCAAUGUGAAGACAUGGCUGAACAGCUCCACUGGGCACAAGAGCAGUGCUGCAAGGCUCUGAGACUCUGGCAAUCUGCCCAGGAAGAGGAAAAAAGGAACCUCAUGCAAGAACUGGAGAGACGACUGGAAGAGCAGCAUGUGGAGGCACGGAAGCAGCUGGAGGAACCGGCAAACUUCCUGGCAGAGAUGCUGCAGGAAGAGCAGCGUCAGAAGGCUGCUGUCAUCCACAAGGUGUACCAGCUGCAGAGAGAGCUGAAGCAAAGUGAGCAGCUGAGGCAGAGGCUGAAUGAGCAGUGGCAGAAUGAGCAGGUCAUGCUGCAGGCUGAGCUGCAGGAAGCUGAGAGGAAGAUGAGGGCAAUGGAGAAGAGGCACCAAGAGGAAAUGGAAAGGAUGCACAAGGUCCUGCUGCAGUACAGGCUGGCUGAAGAAAAGCAGGUGGACGCAGGAUCUGCCAUCGAAGCUGCUGGUGCAGCAGCAUCCUGCCAAGAAGCCUCCUCUCCACAGCCUGAAAACCAGAGCAUAAGCAGCUCGGCCCCCUCAAGCCAGGAGAGAGAGAAGCAGUUCCUGAAGCUGCUGAGGUGUGUGGUGAGUGUGGAAGAUCCAGAAAAAAAGUACACUGGAUGGGAACAUCUUGGCAGUGGGGGCUUUGGAGCUGUUUAUAAGGCCUUUGACACUGCCACAGGACAAGCGGUGGCUGUAAAGGAACUUUAUCUCCAGCACCAGGGCUGUGAGGGAAUAUUAAAAGAAAUCCUGCUCAUGAGAGAAAAUAAGAACGCCAAUAUUGUCAGCUACUUAGAAAGCUACCUUGUGGAUGAGGCUGUCCUGCUGGUGUUGGAAUAUAUGGAUGGAGGCUCCUUAGCUGAUGUGGUCACCGUGAGAAGGAUGGCUGUAGGACACAUAGCAACAGUGUGUCGGGAGUGCCUGCAAGGCCUGGCUUUCCUUCAUGCCAAGCAGCUGAUCCACAGAGACAUCAAAAGCGACAACAUCCUUCUGGGCCGGGAUGGCUCCGUCAAGCUGGCUGAUUUUGGCCUCUGUGCUGUGCUCAGCCCUGAGCACAGGAAACGGAGGUCGAUGGUCGGGACCACUUACUGGAUGGCACCCGAGGUGGUGAGAAGAGAGCCUUACGGCCCCAAAGUGGACACCUGGUCCCUUGGCAUUGUGGGAAUAGAAAUGGCCACAGGAGAGGCUCCUUAUAUGCAGGAGACCAGUGUCAAGGCCAGCUACCUGAUAGGCAAGCAAGGGGUUCCAAAUCUGCACCAGCUCAGGCUACCCCCUGGCUUGUGUGAAUUUCUGGGCUGCUGCCUGCAGAUGGAUGUGGACAGGCGAGGCUCUGCCAAGGAACUUCUGCAGCAUCCAUUUCUGCAAUCAGCAGAGCCUCUCUUAAGCCUCUUCUGACAGCCUGAUUGCUGCCAUCCCUGCAGCAAGGGAAUGCAGGGAGCAAAGGAGAUAACAAGGACCACUUCAGCACUGGAGAACAGAGCCUCUGAGAGCAGCUGGAAGGGCAACGUUCGGAGGCACAGUAGCUGCUGGCAGCAUGGGCAAACUUCCUGGCAGAGGUAGAGAAGGAGCAGGAGAAAAGGCUGCUUGAGAUGAAGCAGGAAGUUGCCACCAUGCAAGCUGACCAAGAAGAGAAAAUACGGAGCCAUUGUCUCCUUGGAGCAACGCCAGCGCUACAAGGACGACUUCAAUGCAGAGUAUGAGGAAUAUCGGAAUUUAUAUUUAAAGAUUGACAAGACCAUCAAGAAGUUCAGACAAUUUCAGGAACAAUGGAAGUCUCUGACUCCAGGCUCCAAAGCCUAUCAGAUGCCGCAUCAUUGAGUCCCAGCAGAUUAUCAGCAGUUACAACAGGGUAGCCCCAGCUACUCUGAAAUGAGGAGCAGGUGCCAGUACCUCCACAAGAAGCUGGCCCAUAUUCAGAUCUGCAUUUCGGAAUUUGAGCAGCAGUGAGUGGAGUACUGGCACCAGACAUCUGCUUCAACAGAGGAACAUCUUUGAACUCAGGAUUUUUCACUUCAACGGAGGAUUAGGAUGUUUUGGAUUAUUUAAGUUAGUACAGAACCUUAGGCUAUGUUAGCACUUUGGAGUAGAUGAUUUUUUAAAAAUGUAGGAUUAGUUCAAAGAAGUUUAGUAAUUUUAAGAAGUUGAAAGAUGAUAGUAUUGAAUAUUAACAAUAAAGAAAUGUCACUAUUGGUAA